CAACCUACCCAACCAACCCAACCACACACAUACACAUACACACCUUCUUCCUGCAGCGGCAGACGCCCACCUCCUCACGCCGCCGCUUCGGCAGGCGGGGGCGGGGCGCGCCGCCACCCUUGUGCCUGCAGCAAGCAGCGUGCGUGUGUGCCUGAGCCUGCAGUGCGUGAGCCCGUCCACCGGUACACGCACAUAAGAUACCUACCUAUGCAUCCACACCGCGCACCGCAUACACACACACAACGUCGCACACGUACACUAUUUCCCCAACCAACGCACACGCGUUCCACUCCAAGUCUUUUCUUUCUUUCGAUAGUCUGUUCUGUUCUGUCUGCCUCUCUGUUCUCUGUCCUCUCUGUGUCUCUCUCAGCUCUCAGCUCUCUCUCUGCUGCUGCCGCCCUGCGUAACAGUAACAACAACGACAACGACAUCAUCAUCAACAACAACAGCAAACUAGGUACUAACUCCCCGCGCGCAAAUUGUGUGCCAGCCAGCCAACCAACCAAACCACCCCAUUAAAUCGCUCAACACCAUCGCUAAAUGUUCGACCAGCCAAAUAUGCAAUCCAGAAACAAAAAAAAAAAAAAAAAAAAAAAAAAAAAAAAAAAAAAAAAAAAAAAAAG